AUGGUUGCGUCGGCCAUCUGUGUGGACGUGACUGGCGGCACGGACCGUCCCUUCACGAUCACGUUCAAGCCGUACACCAGCGGCGACGCGCCCGUGCGCAUCGACAACCUGUGCGACGACCUGUUCCUCAAGCUACACCAGGCCGACUCCGGCCAGGUGGCGCUGCUGAGCCCCUACCAGUCGCUGCUGUACACCUGGGACGACCCCGCCAAGGAGCGCAUGCUGUACUGGAACAUAUACAACAACAAGGGCAAGGGCUUCGUGGCGGACUUCGGCCAGGACGGAUAUGGCGAAGAAAAAGUCAGCUUCCAGUCGGUGAAACACUCCACCCUUGUUGCGACCAGCAGCGUGACUUCCAAACUGUCGUCUACCCUCAAGCGCCUGACGCCUAAGUCUCCCGAACCCUGCUCCUCCAGCAGCGAUGAUUCCGACAGCUCAGACCUCCCAGAAAACCACACCAAGACCAAGAAGAUGAGGAAAGACAAGGUCAUCGUAUACUGGAUCUCGUACAUGGAAGGCUACCAAAGAGUCUUCGCGCUGGCCCAAGACGAAAGAAUCGCCUACCAGUACCGAAUGAGGAUCAACUCUGAAAGGAGUAACUACGAAGUAUAUCUAUCCUUAUCAGGCGUGAGUCUAUCAGUUUGCGUCCAAAAUAACAACGCAGUCAAAGAACUCGCAUACGUCAGUAUUACUGACUCCUUGCCCAAAUGGGAGGUCAACGUGAGUCGCAAGUGGAAGCAAUUGUCCCCAGACCUGACCGCCUGGAUCGAAGAGAAAUACCAGACUGAACAAAAGAAGUGCCAAUUAAAAGAAUACAUCGAUAUAGACUUAGAAAAGAUGCAAAUGACGAAGCCGUUCUUCUCAGAACUGCGGCGGACUUACAACCCUGGUGUUUGGUUGCAAUUCCGCAAAUCUGACACGUACAGUUAUUUCCACAUGAAGGUACAAAGACUGCAGAUAGAUAACCAGCUGAAUGAAGCGGUGUUUCCUAGCGUUUUGUACCCAGCACCCUUACCACCAGAAGCGAGGUCAAACCGUGGCUUAAAGCCAUGUAUGGAGAUCGUAGCUUUGAAGCAGCACAGGCCUACUUUGAACCAAGACGUGUACAAAUACCUCAAGAUUCUAGUCAGGGAGUACUGUGUGAAUUUGGAUAGAGGUUUUGUUAACCACGUGUUUGAUAUACUCAACCAUUGGAAGAUAGAAGAGAAGCCAGCGGUUAGGCUGCGAGCUGACUUGGCUUUGGUUCAUAUGCCGUUGCCAAUUAUUGCUAUUAAAAGCCAAACGAGCGCGCAAAGGAAUGUGUUGUUUGAGUUCGUGCACCUCUCUCCUAUCAAGAUAGUGUUAAGUUUGUCCUCGAGAGGCUACUUGACGGAGAGCGCUAGUAGUCCGAGCAAGACAAGGUUCGGGACCAAGAAAGAGAACAGGCCUAAACUGUUUAAUAGUGAUCUGUUGGAAUAUCUCUUCAAUUCGUGGGGCUCAUCGCUUUGCGACAUGAAGGAUGUAGUCUUAAGGAUGUCCUACCUAGAACUCCGCAACGCGCCACUCACUGUAGCAGGGCUGGCAGACGCAGCAUCACGCCACUAUUGGACGCAGCUGGUGCAGCAGUUCCACGUGCUAGUACUAGGCCUGAGCAUCCUCGGGAACCCUUAUAGCACCAUCGGGGACUUCUCGCGCGGCAUGAAGCAGUACUAUGAGCCUUAUCUGGGCUCAGUGUUCGGUCGUCGCUCGCUGGAGGCGUCGCAGCGCGUGAGUGGCGGCGCGCGCGCUUUGCUGGGCCAUUGCGCGGGCGCCGACGCUGCCGAUGACAUCUUCCGCGACGUGCCCAAGGCCAAGCCGGCUCGGAGGAAGCCAGACUUAUGCCGCGAAGCAGCGCGCGCUUCGCUAUCGCGGCAGCUGGGAGCUAACAGCGCGGAGAACGCUCUGAAGGCGUGCGUGGAACGCAGCGGCGGCCGUCUCGUGGCGCGCCAGCGGCUGCCGCGACACUGCCCUGCCGAUGGCAUCAGGCCAUACUCGCAGCACGCGGCCCUAGGGCUGCAGCUGCUGAGGCAGCUGGGCCGCGGCCACUACGCCGACACCGACGCCUACAUCGCGCACGCACCACUCGCGCCCGCCUCGCUCGGCACGCUGCUGGUCACCACGCAGCACAUAUUCAUGGUGCGCGCGGGCGGCGGCGGCGGCUCGUGGCACAUCGAGUGGGUGGUGAAGCUGGACGACAUUAUCGGAGCGCCCGUAGUGAGGGGAGACCAGCUCGUGUUGAACAUCAAACAGGAUGAAAUGGUGAACUACUUCUCCACCGAUGAGAAAGUCAUCGAAGUAUCUGACCCCGAGGUGCUGCUCUGGCUGAAGGCCAAGGUGGAGUGUGCCCUUAUCCUGGCGCUGGAGGACAAGCGCUGCCCCAACGAGUAACGAAUAUACC